AUGGCAAUCGCAUGUCCAAACUUUGAAGCUCUGAAAGACCUGCAUAACUCUGCAAAUAACCUUCUCUACUCACCCAUGAUCCAACAAGGACUCGUCCAUGACAGACAGGAGAAAUGGGUUCAUCAAGUCUCAGAAGCAUCUCUGCGAAUGUUGGAUGUGUGCGGCAUUUCCAAAGACCUUCUUUUAAUGGUAAAAGAGCGUCUCCGAGACCUUCAAUCCUUGUUGCGCAGAGUAAGCAGCGACCAAGAAGCGGAUAUUGAUAACAAAAUGGGAGCCUACAAUUGCUACAGGAAGAAGCUCAAGCAAGAGACGCUCAAGUGCUUGAAUUCUUUCAAAGGGAUCAAAAAGAACAAGUCGUCCAUGUGUAUCUGUACUGCACAACCACUACUAGAGUCAUCCCCCAUAUACAUGGACCACAACCUUAGGGUGGUGGUAGAUGUGCUGAGACAAGUGAGGGUGACCGCCGUUUCCAUCGUGGAGACUCUCUUGUCCCUAAUUUCCAUACCUUGGCUCGACCGGAAAUCAGCUACUAGUACUACCAAAUCCAUAUUCAUCAAGGCCAAGUUCAUGCUGUAUGACAUAUGCGACGCAACCGCGCUUCAAAGUGCCAGCAAAAGAUUGGACGCUGUAGAGAUUGCCAUUCAAGAUCUUGAAGCCGAGUUAGACUGCAUGUUUAGGCGUCUGAUCCACACCAGAGUUGCGCUUCUCAAUAUACUUACCACCACCAACUAGCCAGCCCCCUCCUCCUAGAGUCCUAGGCCUAGCUAACUAUCCUACUA